CUGCUGUGCAGUAGGUCAAUCGGGACAAGAUGUUGCCCCUCUCCGGCCCUCCUCAAGGAAUCACGACGAGCUGCUGUCCUCCUCCGCCAGGAAUCCCAAGCGAGAUGAGCUGCUGCACCCAUCCUCCAGGAAUCCAAUGAUUAUGGACUUGUCGUUCUCUCUUUAUUCAACUUUUGUUAUAGAGGCUCAACAUGGUUUUAACAAGGGAAAGUGCAUUCAGUUGUCAUUGGUGAUUGUCACUAAUGUUAGCAGAUGCCAAAUUGCAGAUAUGUGCCUGGACCUGUACAAGGAAUUUGGCACUACAAUGGCUGGCCUUAAGGUAUUCACAAAUUCUGACAAAGCUCAUGUGGAGGAAGCUCUGUGGGGUUUACUAGGAAAAGGAAUGGACAUGGCAGAAUCUUCAUGCUACAGUAUAUAUGGCAGCAUAAGUGGGUGCUAA